CAAUAGCUCAACAACUUUUAUUUCUUAGAGAAAACAAAUACAUAAUACGUGUGUACGAGUAGAAUUUCUGAAAAUUAACAUUUCUUUUUCCUCCAAGCUUCAAGGACCGUCCCGCGUUUAGUGCCUGUCCAUCUCGUCUCCUUUCAACAUGUCUGGCCUCCCUACCGUUUACAUCGUUUCAGCUGCCCGAACGCCUGUGGGCUCGUUCUUAGGAACACUAUCGAGUCUCAGCGCGACCCAGCUAGGAUCUCACGCUAUCAAGGCUGCCAUCGAGCGAGUCCCCCAGAUCCAGCCUAAAGAUGUAGAAGAGGUCUUCUUCGGCAAUGUGCUGUCCGCCAAUCUCGGCCAAGCACCCGCCCGACAAUGUGCUCUCGGCGCCGGCAUCCCGGACUCCGUCGUCUGCACGGGCGUGAAUAAGGUGUGCGCGUCCGGCCUCAAGGCCAUCAUCCUCGGCGCCCAGACCAUCAUAACAGGGAACGCGGACAUCGUGGUGGCCGGCGGCGCGGAGUCCAUGUCCAACGUGCCGCACUACCUACAAACUCUACGCAACGGCGCCAAGUUCGGCGACCAGACUCUCGUCGACGGCAUGCUGAAGGACGGCCUGACGGACGCCUACGGCAAGAAGGAGCACAUGGGUGUAUCCGGUGAGCUGUGCGCCGACGACCACUCCAUCACGCGCGAGCAGCAAGACGCCUACGCCAUCGAGACAUACACACGCGCGCAGAAGGCCACGGCUGACGGCGUCUUCGCCGCCGAAAUCGUGCCCGUCGAGGUCAGCGGCGGCCGCGGCAAGCCGGCGAUCAAGAUCACCACCGACGAGGAGGUCAAGAACCUCAACGCCGACAAGCUGAAGACCGUGCGCCCGGUCUUCAAGCCCCAAGGCGGCACCGUCACCGCCGCCAACGCCGCCCCCCUGAACGACGGCGCCGCCGCCCUCGUCCUCAUGUCCGAGGCCAAAGUCAAGGAGCUAGGCGUAACCCCCAUUGCCAAGAUCCGCGGCUGGGGCGACGCCGCCCGCGAGCCCGAGCGGUUCACCACCGCGCCCGCGCUCGCCAUCCCCAAGGCCAUCAAGCACGCCGGUCUCACCGACGCAGACGUCGAUUUCUACGAGAUCAACGAGGCCUUCUCCGUCGUCGCGCUCGCAAACAUGAAGCUUUUAGGCUUGUCCUCAGAUAAGGUCAACGUAUACGGCGGCUCCGUCGCCAUCGGCCACCCUCUCGGCUGCUCCGGCGCGCGUAUCGUGACGACGCUGACGACUGUCCUCCGCGAGAAGAAGGCCAAGAUCGGCGUUGCGGGUAUCUGCAACGGUGGCGGUGGCGCCAGCGCUAUUGUUAUUGAGAGUCUGCAAUGACUAGACGAAAGCAGUAGCAAUGUCGAACAAACGGGAACCCACAAGAGAAGAGAUUCUCGCAUAUAGCCUGGGUUAAGGUAGGAAGAAAGGAAGAAAGGAAGGAAAUGAGGGUUAAACCGGACCAGACGGAAUGUUUUCAACAGACACGUCGGGGGUAAAUGAGGAAAGGUGGAUGGAUGGGAUGAGGGGCGGAGAAUAUGUACGGAUUGCCAUUUGCCUAACGCUUACGCGAACGUGAGGGAUGACCCAAAAAUAGAGAGAAAGAAAGACUUGAUAUCUUGGGGCGCAUAUAUCUUUUCCCGGUUCAUCCGCCGUUAUCUCAGGUACCGAUGAAUAAAUACUAGAUAAUUUCAAAAAACAAGUUC